AACAAUUACAAAGUAUAAAACCCAAUUAAGAGUUUUCCCUAUAAAUAGUCUUAGAAAAAUUGUUAAGAAUUAAGCCAUACAAAAAUAUCAUCCAAACAUAAUAAUGAUGAGAGGAGAUCACACUUCACAAAAGUUAGCCUUUUCUUUCAUUCUGUUGCUCAUUAUUGUCUUAGCAUCAUCAUCUCAAUCUGCCUUGGCAUCCAAGAAACUACCACUCAAUGAAAAAUCACCCUGCAAGAGAUUUGUGGUCUACUACCAUGACACCCUCUUCAACGGCACAGAUGCAGCCAACGCCACAUCUGCAACGGUAGCUAACAAAACUCGUCUAGGCGAUUUCAAUUUCGGGAUGUUGGUGGUUUUCGAUGAUCCAAUGACUAAAGAUAAUCACUUGCUUUCUCCCCCAGUUGGUAGAGCACAAGGGUUUUUCUUCUAUGACAAGAAAAAUGAGUACAAUGCUUGGUUUGCUUUCACUUUGGUGUUCAACUCAAGUGAGUACAAAGGUACUUUAAACAUUAUGGGAGCAGAUUUAAUGCCCCAAAAGACUAGAGAUCUCUCAGUGGUUGGUGGCACUGGAGAUUUCUUCAUGGCUAGAGGAAUUGUUACUAUAGAGACUGAUACUUUACAGGGUGAUUUCUAUUUUCGUCUCAAGAUGGAUAUCAAAUUAUAUGAAUGCUAUUAGUUAAUAUUAGUCUAGCUAGAGAUAAUAUGUAAUAAUAAUAAUAAUAAAAAAUAUGAGAUUUUCUUAAUGUUUUAAACUUAUGUUUUAGCUAUUUUCUUAUUUGGUUAGCAUCAAAUGAAACUUUUGUGGAACAUACUAAAGAUGCUUAAACUCUUGUAAUAGAUUCUAUAAUAUUAAAAGACACAAAUUAGUCUUG